AUGGCCCCCGCCGUUCGCAGCACCACAGCCAGCGGCUCGGCCGUCUACGAGUCCGAGCGCGCCGUGCACGAGUACCUGCAGUUCCACUACGGUGACCCCUCCGCUGUUGUGCCCUACAGCUUCGCGCCACUGGACGCGCUGCAGUUUCUGCCACGCACUGUGGAGCGCUGCGCCAAGAUGACGCCGGAUGGACAACACGGACGUGCACUGGACAUCGGCUGCGCUGUGGGUCGCGCCACCUUCGAGCUCAGCAAGUUCUACGACGAGACCGUAGGCAUUGACUUCUCGCAGCACUUUGUGGAUGCGGCCGAGCAGAUGAAGGAGCGCGGAGAGAUGCAGUACGAGGCGCACAUCCAGGGAGACAUCCACGAGGUGCGUAGCGCGAAGCUGCCUGAGGGCGCCAAGCCCGCUGGCGUUGUCUUCCAGCAGGGAGAUGCGUGCAACCUGUCGCCGUCGCUAGGUAAAUUCGACGCGGUGUUCGCCUCCAACUUGCUGUGUCGCCUGCCGGAACCGCAGAAGUUUUUGACGGAGAUCGGCGGAUGUAUCAACUCCGGGGGCAUCCUUGCUCUCGUGAGCCCGUACUCGUGGCUGGAGGAGUACACGGCCAAGGACAAGUGGAUUGGCGGCGUUCGCGACGGCGAGGGAAAGCCUGUGGACAGCUUCAGCGUGAUUGAAAAGUUGCUGUCGGCGGACUUUGAGCUUGUCGAGCGCCAGGACUACCCGUUCAUGAUCCGCGAGCACGAGCGCAAGUACCAGUGGGGUGUGUCUGACGGCACCUUCUGGAGGCGCAAGUAGGUUGAUAGCUGGUGAGGAGGAAGUUGAAGCAUAAACCUACGAGCUUGUUGCCAUUUU